ACAAAAUUUCCAAUCUAUGACUAUGAGAGUCAUUCUACGCUAGUCCUUUCGUUCCGAGUCGGCCAUCCCGUCGAUCGCUGCUUAAAACACUCGUAAGUUGUACCUAACCUUGUUGAUCUUCUCAGCUCGGCGACCAUGGCGAGGGGUUCAUCCCAAUCUCAGUCUGCCAAUUCCCAGACCACGCGACCCGGAAUCAUGGCACCACGUGGCUCCGCCGCUGCUGCCGCUGGCAUGCGCCGCCGCCGGCUUGGCGGUGGAGCCGGGGGAAACAGCACCGCUUCUGUCGCUGGUGGCUCCGGUCCCGCCAACAUGCUGAGAUUCUACACCGACGAUGCCCCAGGCUUGAAGAUUUCGCCCACCGUUGUGCUCGUCAUGAGCCUCUGCUUCAUAGGUUUUGUCACCGCUCUCCACGUCUUUGGCAAGCUCUACCGUCGAUCUGCCGGUCCAGUUUGAUUGAAAAUCUGACAACGUGGUGUCUGAUCCAUAGGGUUUGAGUUUCUGAUCCUGGCCCCGAAGCAUAAUUUUCAGUUCUUGACUUGGUCAUCGAAACCUGUGUUUUCUUCGUUUCUUUGUAAUUUUCCUGCCAUCUAGCUGUCAAUUUUGUUGAUGUUGGAUCUCCUUGCUGUUGAAGAAAGCCGGUUUUCUGCCAUUAUGUGAAAAUCGAUCUGUGUCAUCCUUUUCGUUUUGUUAUACUAAUAAUGAUUUUGGCAUUAA